AUGGCGUGGGAGAAGAAAGCGCAGCGCAAGCGCGAUGAACUCGCGGCUAAGAUCCCCAAGGAAUGGCUGCUCGAUUUGGAACUGCUCAAGAAAGCUGAUGAGCUUGACAAUAUCCUGCACAUCCCCCGACAGAGCGGGAUCCUCACCGAGCGGGAGAUCGAUAUCACCGAGGGCUCCGAUGCCACGGCUCUCCUGUCGCGCCUGAAGGACGGCGAGCUCAGCGCAUACGAAAUCGCUGUUGCGUUUUGCAAAAGGGCUGCCAUUGCUCAGCAGCUCACCCGCUGUCUGACGGAGAUCUUCUUUGAUCGCGCUAUCGAGCGUGCGAAGGAACUGGAUCGGCUAUUUGCUGUUACUGGCAAGCUUGUUGGUCCGCUUCACGGGAUCCCGAUUAGUCUGAAGGAUUCGUAUAAUGUCGCUGGUGUGCAGUCGACGCUGGGUUAUGUCUCCUUUCUCGACAACCCUGCUUUGACGUUUAACAGCCCAAUGGUGAAUAUACUCCUUGACGCGGGGGCCGUUAUCUACGUGAAGACUCACAUGCCUCAAACGAUGAUGACGGCCGACUCGCAUAGCAACGUGUUUGGGCGGACUCGGAACCCAUACGGUCGCUCCUUGACAGCCGGUGGUAGUUGCGGCGGCGAGGGUGCGCUGAUCGCGAUGCGCGGCUCCAUCAUGGGCGCAGGAACGGAUAUCGCUGGCUCUUUACGCAUUCCGUCGCUGUGCUGUGGUACUUACGGCUUCAAACCGUCGGUCGGAAGAUUGCCAUUUGCCGGCCAAACACCACCUGGACGAAUUGGUUUGGCGGGUGGAAUAGCUGUUUCAACCGGGCCGAUUUGCACAUCCAUGCGCGAUGCCGAUCUGUUCUUCAGAACGGUGGUUUCGUCACGUCCGGAGGAUCUGGAUGACAACUCCUUCGGCUUUCCGUACCUCGAACCACCCCAACUGGAGUCACCGCUUACAAUCGGAAUGCUCCCAGAGGACCCUGCUCUGCCUUUGCACCCCUGCAUGCAGCGCACCUUGGAGAUCGCGGCCCGUAAACUCGCCGCAGCCGGCCAUCGAAUGGUGCACCUUCCUGCUGAAGAUAUCCCGUCUCUCUCGGAUGCCUGCGACCUAGCGUACCGCUUCUUCAACAUGGACCCCGACCGUACACCGCUGCGCAAUGUGACCGACGGAGGCGAGCCCUUUAUCCCGUCCCUCAGCUUGAUGUACAAUGUGAAGGGCGGUGAUCCGGAGCCGACUCUACGCCAGCUCUACGACCUGAACAUCGAAAAGGCGAAAGUCGCCGCUAAGACGCGACAGGCCUGGCUGAAGAGCGGCGUUGAUGUCGUUCUUGCUCCAGCCUACCAGAGUUGUGCGCCUUUGCACGAUACCUAUGGCAAGACCAUUUACACAGUUAUUUGGAAUAUGGUUGAUUAUCCCGCCUGCGUAAUUCCAUUUGGGAAUGCGGAUAAAGCCGCCGACGCCGAGUUUGUUCGCGAUGUCAAGUAUAGCCCCGAGUACAAACCCGACGACGUCGAAGGCGCGCCUUGCCACAUCCAGCUGGUCGGCAGGCGGCUGAAGGACGAGGUCUUGCUCCAGCACGCGAGACUGAUCGAGAAGGUCUUGACUGACGGAGAAUAA